CACAUGUCAUCUCACGAGACAGAACAUUUUCCAGCGCCCACUUACCUGCGACGCAUUGGCCAUGACAAUAGUCAGUCCUAGGAUGAGCAAAGAAAAGAGUGUCAUGCCAGAAUCUCCUUGACGAAAAUCAAGUCCUCCAGCAUACGACAAAAUGGACACCACCUCUGUUCGACAGCGACCAGCCAAAAGCCAGUCAUCCGCAAUUCCACCUGCGGCAUCCUCGCAGCCUGACGAAGUCGAGGAUCAGCACACCCGCGUAAUCUCUCGGCUCGACGUUCUGCGAGUCAUAAUCACCCUUAUCGGCGUCUCCUGCGCACUUUCAUAUUAUCUCACCUCCGGGUCCUCUUACCUGUGGAACUACAAUCCCUGGUUCCUCAAUGCCCCCAAAGUUGGACAGUGGUGGGCUGGACCAGUAAACUUGACCCCAGACCAAUUAGCCUUGUUCAACGGCUCAGAUCCUUCGAAGCCUAUAUAUCUCGCUAUCAAUGGCACGAUAUUCGAUGUCAGCGAGGGAAGACACACCUACGGUCCUGGUGGCAGCUACGAGGUGUUCGCAGGACGAGAUGCCUCUCGAGCAUUCGUGACAGGAUGUUUCCUAGAGGACCGGACAGGCGACCUGCGAGGAGCAGAGGAGAUCUACAUACCAAUAGAAGAUCCUGACGAGGAGAUUUCGAGCGGUGCGAGAAAGACACGGGCGGAAAAGGAGCGACGCGAGGCUAAGAAGCGAGUGUUGCAAGAGGUCGCCAAGUGGGAGGCGUUUUACAGAAAUCACAAAAAGUACUUCGAGGUGGGCAAGCUUGUGGGCGUACCAGCAUAUUCUGAAGAUGCUCCGAAGCUGUGUGAGCAUGCUCAGAAGGGCCGUCCAAAGAGGAAGAACAUGAAGAAGCCGGAGGACUCAGCCAAGGCACAAGGGAAACCUGUGCAGUGAUGAAAUAUUACGAGGAAACAUGAGACCACCAUAUCUUUCAAGAAUAGACAGUUCGUAAACCGUAGGACAGUGCAACACGAUUUGGUUGUUCAUUCUUGUCACAAUUUCCCCAAGUCGAAUGUCUCGGUCUCGCGGCGGAAAGACUUCAAAGAUCCAGAAACAGAGAUCGAUAGGGCGAACAUGGACAGUGGAAGUGGUAUCACAUGCUCCUGAUUUUGCA